AUGUCAACCACCAAUUACAAAGAAAUGGGUGAUCAUCAAAAAUAUCAUCAGACCUUGGAAUUCAUUACGAAAUCAUUAUCGGUUGAAUCUCCGAGUGGUGAUACUAGAGUAUGUCCAUUUUGUUUACAAAACACGUGUGUGGAUCAAUUAUCGGAACAUGUUGCGUAUUGUAUGAGCAUUUGGAACAGCUUGUUUUCGAAUGAUUCGGAUUUGUUUGUGGAGGAGAAUCAGUCUGAAAAUUCAGAAAAAAAGAGGAAAUUAUUUUCUCUUGAUGCAGCUGAUGCAAUGUCAUUGAAUCCGACAAAAAAGAAAAAGAAUUAUCAAAACAAAAUGAGACCUCAUCCUUUAUUGGAAGAGCUUGGGGAUGAUAUGAUACGACAUUUUUUGUCAUUUAUGGAAAACAAGUUUUUAAUUGGAGUGUGUAUGAGAGUUUCAAAGCAUUGGUUGGAAAUUAUUCGAACUAUUCCCAUUGAAUUUACACUUGAUAUCAAAGAACAGUUGUCUUCUGUUCUACAAAUUGUCUCAAACCCAAGCGGUCUAUGUUUGACAAAACUCGAGUUGCCAUUUGAAUACAGCAAUUUGUGCUGCAUCCCAAUGACCAACAAUAAGAACUUGGAUAGACUUCAAACUUUUAUUCUGCAUGAACUGCAGUCUAAAUAUUUCGUCAAUUCACUAAUUGAAAGUUCCUACAUGGGUAAUUUACGUGAACUCACUCUCAAGCAUUGCCAACACUUUGGCAACGACAUUUUAGCAGCUCUUUGUACUAGUACCUAUUUACAAAGCCUCACCUCUCUAACAAUAGAGUCAGGAAAUAUAACUGCGGAUGGUUUAUCUGUACUCAAAAGCAAUCCCCCAAUCAUGAGAAAUUUAACAACAUUAGGGUUAAAUUUCAACCCGUGUAGAGAUAGAGGAGCAAGUGUUCAUCAUUAA